GUGCAAACAGUUCAAAUAGUACAAUUAUUGCCCACUGCUGGUCGCCGCUAGGCCACCCGGACUUGGUGGCGCUCGUAUACCAUGGUACGUCGCGCCUCCAGCGUGCCGCAUUUGAAUAGCAGCGGCGGCAGUAGCGCCGAUAGCGCCAGCACUUCUGGCAAUCGUCGGGCAAGAGGCGCCGCUGCCGGCUCACGUGGCAGAAAGGCGCCAACGCCCACAUCGACAUCCACGUCCACUUCGAUGUCUAACCAGCGGGGCAGUUCCGGCAGCAGCAGCAGCAUGCCACGUUCCCGCAGUCUUACCAACGGCAUGCGUCGCCUCAGUCCACAGAAGGGAACAGGGAGUGGCGGUGUCGGCGGCAGUUCCCGCAAUACGCCGUAUUUCCUACGCUCACGGGAGAAUGAAAUUGGCAGUGCUGAUACCCUGGAAAUUGUUGCCUCCAAGUCCACCGGCAGCGAGGAGUGCUCCACGCCAGAGGACAACAUCAAUGUGGUGGUCCGUGUGCGUCCGCUCAACGAGAAGGAGAAGCGGGACAGGCACGGCUCCACACUAACAUUUCCCGGCAACGGACAGGUCAUAAUUGAGGGCAACGAUGUGGGACAGAAGCGUUCGCAUAACCGGGACAGCGUUCGUGUCUUUACGUACAACGUGGUCUUCGAGCCGGGGGCCACACAGGAUGAUAUCCUGGACUAUUCGGGCAUUAAGCGUAUCAUAGAGAUGGGCAUCGAGGGAUUCAGUUGCACGGCAUUCUGCUACGGCCAGACGGGCUCGGGCAAGACGCACACGCUGACAGGACCACCAGAUCUGUUUGUGGGCAAGCCGAAUCCAAAGGAUCCGCGACAUGGCCUCAUCUUCCGUGCUUUUGUGUAUCUCUUCCAAUUGAUUAAGAACCGAAAGGAUGUCAAUUAUGUGCUCAAGGCUUCGUUCAUGGAGAUCUACAAUGAAAGGGUAAUCGAUUUGCUCAAUCCGGGAAGUGCACGAAAACCGCUCGCCGUUCGCUGGUCCAAGAAGUCGGGCGGCUUCUUCGUGGAGAAUCUCUUCACGGUGGACUGCGAGGAGCUGGACGAUCUGUUGGCCGUACUGGAAGAGGGUAUGAGAAAUCGUGCCGUGGGCUCACAUGCCAUGAACGAUCAUUCGUCGCGCUCGCACACGAUCCUCACGGUGCACAUUCUGUCGGAUCAGCAGACGGAUGGCGGAGUGUUCCUCUCCAAGCAUGGCAAAAUCAAUUUCGUAGAUCUGGCCGGCAGUGAGCUGACCAAGAAGACGAUGAGCGAGGGCAAGACCCUGGAGGAGGCGAACAACAUCAACAAGAGCCUCAUGGUGCUCGGCUAUUGCAUCUCCUCGCUGAGCGAUGCCAAGAAGCGGUCGGGGCACAUACCCUACCGGGACAGCCAGCUGACCAAGCUGCUGGCCGACAGUCUGGCGGGGAACGGGGUCACCCUGAUGAUCGCCUGCGUCUCUCCGGCACACUACAAUCACGCAGAGACCUUGAACACUCUGCGUUACGCGUCGAGGGCCAAGCGAAUACGCACCAAGCCCGUGAUCAUGAUGGACCCCCGUGAGGCACUGAUCCUCAGCCUCAAGCGGGAUAUUCACGCGCUUCAAAUGGAGAAUGAUCACCUGAAGGCGGCCCUCAAUCUGCACCAUCAAGCGGCCAGCAGUGGCCCCGGGACGGACAAUCUGCUCGACAUGCAGCUGGAACGACUGAGCAGUGGAGGCGGUGCGCCGGUGCCAGUGCCCAAGGUGGAUCUGGAGCGGCUGCCCGAGCUGGAUGGCUCAGAGCUGGCCGAGCUGGUGAAGCUCUACAUGGCGGAGAACGAGUCGUUGCGGCAGGAGAACAACCAUCUGUUCACCGUGCGAGAGACAAUACUCAGGGACCAGGAGAUCGUUUGCAGGGAGAACGAGCGGCUGCUCAAGAAGCUCGAGGAUGUUAACAAGGUUUGUGUGCGUUCCCCUUUGAUACCUGCCCGCUCGGCCAUAUCCCCGACCACCGGCAAGGAAACGCCCGGCACUGAGAUCUGGACCAAUCCCGAACUAAAUGGCGCUGCAGUCUUGCCGCUGGAGCAGCGCAUGUCGGAGAACGCCGAUAGGCGCACGGACACUGCCCAGAAACGCAUCGAUCAGAAGCGCAUUGCCAGGAAUAUUUUGAUAAUGGCGAAUGCAUUCACCAAGCCGGACCCAGAUCUGGCGAAGAAGCUCAACACGGACCCAGAGAAUGUUCCGGCGCAGAAGCAAGCCACGGACUAUAUGCCGGACAUGCUAACGUAGAAAAUGUCUAGGUGGCCCAACAAAAUAAUACAUACAAAUAUAUUUUUGCAAUUAAUGUAAUGAAAAAG